AUGCCCGUGACGGCAUCCCGUGCCGUGCUGCGGCAGUCGCAGUUCCUGACCCGGCGGUCCGCCCUCAGACACGCCUCGUCCACCUCCGAGGCCGCUUCCAAGGCCAGUCAGAAUGCUUCCUCCGCUGCCACUAAGGCCUCGGAGGGUUUGUCCAAGGUCUCUGCGUCCGCUGGGCCGGCCAUCUCCAACGCUGCUGGUGCCUUGCGCAAGGUCGGCGGACCCGCCGGCAAGGUCGUUGCUUUUGUCGACGCCCUGAUUCCCCCGACACUCUACUACUCAAAGGUCGGAAUCGAGCUCGGCAAGCUAGUUUUCCGUGGCCAGAACAUGAGCCCCCCGACCCUGGCCACCUUCCAGUCCUACUUCCAGCCCCUGAUCAACGCCUCCCGCAACCCCGCCGCCCUCAAGAGCCUGAACUUCCCCUCGCCCCAGGGUGUCCUGUCCCGCGUCCGCAACGCCAGCACCAAGGAGAUCGCUUUGGCCGGUGUCACCGCCGCCGAGGUUAUUGGGUUCUUCACCGUCGGUGAAAUGAUCGGUCGUCUGAACAUUGUCGGCUACCGUGGCAAGGCUGCACACCACUGA